AAGUCAGAAACAUGAAAUUUCAUCGUUAAAACAUCCAAAAUAACCUGACUAUUUUUCUAUUUAAAUUCUUGUGGCAGUACUCUUUAGUACAACCAUUAUGCGAGUGCGCCGAGACUCGUCGAGACGUUAAAUUUCUAAUUAGCAGUUUGUAUUUCAUUCACUCAUUGUCAGUUAUUUUUUUAAAAAAACAGAAACUUUAUUGUGUUAAAUAAUGACGUCGAAAGAUUUUACGUGCAUCGGCGGUCUGGACAAGCAUAUACGAAUCGUCAAAGAAACCGUUCUUUUCCCUCUGACGUAUGGCGAGGUCUACGCCAAGUUCAAUUUACGACCACCACGUGGCCUGUUGUUCUACGGUCCUCCUGGCACUGGGAAGACGCUCGUGGCUAGCGCCCUCGCAUCGGAGUGCAGUAAUUCCGAAAGAAAAGUUUCCUUCAUAGCGCGCAAAGGUGCGGAUUGUCUCAGCAAAUGGGUUGGGGAGAGUGAAAAAAAAUUACAGAAAAUAUUCCAGCUGGCUCAGCAAAGCAAACCGUGCAUCAUAUUUUUCGACGAAGUCGAUGGCUUAGCGCCUACGAGGUCAACCCGUCAAGACGCCGUCCACGCCAGUGUAGUUUCAACUUUAUUGGCUCUCAUGGAUGGCCUCGAUAAUAAUUCAGAAAUAAUCGUUAUCGGUGCCACCAAUCGAUUGGAUGCCAUUGAUCCAGCUCUUAGGAGACCCGGACGAUUCGAUCGUGAACUUUAUUUUCCUUUGCCUUGUUACAUGGCGAGGAAAGAUAUUCUCUCGGUACACGUCAGAAGCUGGAAGCAGAAACCUCCAGUCAAAUUUCUCGCUUACUUAGCCUCGAAAACCGUCGGUUAUUGUGGCAGUGAUUUGCAAGCUUUAUGCGCAGAAGCCGUUAUGUGUUGUGUCAGGAGACAUUAUCCACAAAUAUAUACUACGAAAUCAAAGUACCACAUCAACGAGCGUUCUCUCAAGGUUUUUCAAUUUUCAUUUAAAAUAAUUCCGACGUGCCAGCACGAAAGUGAUGACAUCAAUUACUUUUUUCUGUUUUUAUAAAAAAAAUCGUUUUUAAAAAGGUUGAGAAACAAGAUUUUAU